ACGGGUGGCCUUUUAAAUAAUUCUCAUUCAGAGCCGGUGUGUUGUUAUGUCAACAGGAAAAUGUUGAAUAAAAACAAAAUCAUUUGCAUUCUCAUAUACGUCUCUAGUACAUCAUGUUUUCACUCGGAGAUAAGAAAUAAAAGACCUAUAGUAACAAUAACCGAUGGCAAAAUAAAGGGCACGGUCGAAAAAAUUUAUGAUGGAUCUCCAUAUUAUAGUUUUAAAGGGAUACCGUACGCCGAAGCUCCUAUUGGAAAGAACAGGUUUGAGGCACCACUACCUGUCAAACCAUGGGAAGGUAUCCGUGAUGCCGCAGAACAUGGACCUAUUUGUAAACAAAUUAAUUUUACAACAUCUCAGCCAACUGGAAGCGAACAAUGUUUAUUGCUGAAUGUCUAUACUAAAUCUCUAGACACACAGUCCAAAAUACCGGUAAUGGUGUUUAUUCAUGGAGGUUCUUACGACUCGGGAUCGGGCAAUUCCGAUAUGUACUCUCCAGAUCUGAUCAUACAACACGACGUCAUAUUGGUAACUAUCAACUACCGCUUGGAACUUUUAGGUUAUAUGUCUUUAGACAUUCCUGAAGUACCAGGCAAUGCAGGAAUGAGAGACCAAGUAAUGGCCCUUCGCUGGGUUAAACAAAACAUUAUGAAAUUUGGAGGUGAUCCCGAUAAUAUUACUAUAUUUGGGGAAAGUUCUGCAGGGACAGCUGUCACAUACCUUAUACUGUCACCGAUGGCUCAGGGGUUGUUCCAUAAAGCCAUAGCACAGAGUGGAGUCAGUCUGCAAGACUGGGCUCAAGGGAGAAACUUAAUACAGAGAGCAUUUAGAGCAGGUGCAGUACUUGGAAAAGAGACAAAGGAUGUUCGUGAACUAUUAGACUUUCUUCGCAGUCUGCCAGCCAGCAAUCUCACUAAUCUUAAUAACAAGACAUCCACUCAGGAUGAAAGAUACAGAGAUUUGGCACAAAGAUUUGUUCCUGUUGUUGAAAAAAGAUUUCCAAAUAUUGAGCCGUUUAUAAGCGAGGAUCCUGCGCUAAUACUGCUGCACGGUACCACGAGUAAAGUACCACUUAUGCUUGGAUAUAAUUCUGGCGAAGGUCUCACAAUCGUUUCCAGCGAAAUACCAAGACUAGACUUACGUAAUAAAAAUGCUUCAUAUCUUGUACCAAGUAACUUAGUUGAUAGACUUUCGGAAGAGCAAAUAAUCGAAGUUGGAGCAAGGAUCAAAAGAUUCUAUGUUGGUAAUGGGAAUUUCAGCCAAGAUCACCCUGAGAGUAUACGUGAUAUGGCCACAGAUUUGCAUUUCGCAUACAAUACGCACAGAUUUGCUUAUCUCUAUAGCAGCUUGCAAGUACCAGUGUAUAUGUAUAGAUUUAAUUACGAUACUGAUUUGAACGUAGCCAAAAAAUUUACGCCAUACAAAAAUCUAGAAGGUGCCAGUCACGCAGAUGAUCUUUUUUACUUGUUUUACAAUACGCUGAAUAGAAAGAUUUUUGAUAGCGAUCCGAAAUUAAGAAAAUAUACAUAUGAAAUUACCAAAAUGUGGACUGAUUUCGCCAAAACGGGGAAUCCCACACCAAAUGACAGUCUUGGCGUCAAAUGGCUGCCUUACACACCAUCUGGGAAAGAAUAUUUCGCGAUACAACAAAAUUAUACCAUGGGAUCAUAUGCUGACCAACAUCGCAUGGAAUUUUGGAAUGAAGUUUAUAAAGAGGCUGCUCUGCCUUCUAUAGGAUAAAUUUUGAGGCUGCCAUUUAAAUACAAAAACCGGAAAGACUACAGUACUAAUUAUCUAUUUUAUUAAAAAGAAAAAUGUACACAAAAACUAUAGAGCAUACCCUUUUUUAUUUAACACGCUUUUAUGAGGUAAAGGU